AUGAUGUUCAGUCUGAACAUUAUUCUGUGUCUAGCCUUUCAACUCUUUCUUGGAGUGAACAACUCAAUGGUAACUUUAAACAACAAUGGGUAUGAUGGCAUUGUCAUUGCAAUUAAUCCCAGUGUUCCAGAAGAUAACAGACUCAUUCAAAGCAUAAAGGAGAUGGUACGUGAAGCUUCUCCUUACCUGUUUCGUGCCACCAAACAAAGGGUAUAUUUCAGGAGUGUAAGCAUUCUAAUUCCAGUGACCUGGAAAUCAAAACCUGAGUAUAUGAUGGCAAAGCAGGAAUCAUAUGAGCAGGCAGAUGUCAUAGUUGCUGCCCCUGAUCUGAACUAUGGAGAUGAUCCGUACACACUUCAGUAUGGACAAUGUGGACAAAAAGGGAAAUAUAUACAUUUUACUCCAAACUUCUUGUUGUCUGAUAAUUUGCUUUUAUAUGGGCCUCGAGGCAGAGCAUUUGUCCAUGAAUGGGCCCAUCUCCGUUGGGGCGUAUUUGAUGAGUAUAACAAUGACCAGCCAUUCUAUAUGUCCAGAAAGAAGACUAUUGAAGCAACAAGAUGUCCGACUGAUAUUAAUGGCACUUAUAUUGUCAAUGAAUGUUCAAGUGGGAACUGCAAAACAAGAACAUGUAGACAUGACCCGAAGACAGGCCUGUAUGAAGAAAACUGUAUGUUCUUUCCACAAGAAAACAAAACUGCAAAGGAAUCCAUAAUGUUUAUGCAAAAUAUUAAUUCUGUGGUAGAUUUUUGUACAUCAAAGACACACAAUACAGAAGCUCCAAAUUUACAAAACAAAAUGUGUAACAAAAGAAGCACGUGGGAGGUAAUCAUGGAGUCUAGUGAUUUUCAGAAUCUAUCUCCCAUGAAAAGAAUGGAUCCUCCAGCUCCUCCUACAUUUUCAUUGCUGAAGUCCAAACAGCGAGUGGUCUGUUUGGUACUUGAUAAUUCUGAAAGCAUGAACACAGACGAUCGUCUCAUUCGAAUGAAGCAAGCAGCAGAAUUAUUCUUGAUUCAAAUUCUUGAAAAAGGAUCUUUUGCUGGACUGGUUACAUUUUCAGAUACUGCUAAAAUCCAAACUUAUCUCACAAAAAUAUCUGAUGAUAAUUCUUACAAAAAAAUCCUUAAAAAGUUGCCUAAAAAAGCUAGUGGUGGACUUGCAAUAUGUGAAGGACUGAAAUCAGGAUUUCAGGCAAUUACCAAGAGUAACCAAAGUACAUUUGGUUCUGAAAUCAUAUUACUGACAAAUGGGGAAGAUCCUAAAAUAAGUUUAUGCUUUGAAGAGGUAAAACAAAGCGGUGCCAUCAUCCACACCAUUGCUCUUGGACCUUCUGCUACCAAUGAACUGGAGACACUGUCAAAAAUGACUGGAGGAUAUCACUUUUAUGCCAAUAAAGACCCAACUGGCUUGAUUGAUGCUUUCAGUAGAAUUUCAUCUAGAAGUGGAAGUCUCUCUCAACAGGCUAUAGAGCUGGAAAGUAAAUCUUUCAAUACUUCCGGAAACACAUGGGUAUAUGGUAGAGUCCCUAUAGAUAGUACAAUUGGAAGUGAUACUUAUUUUGUUGUCAUCUGGAAGAAAACAAAACCAGAAAUUUACCUUCAAAAUCCAAAAGGAAAGAUAUAUAACACCUCAGAUUUCAAAGAAGAUAAAAUACAUAUUCGAUCUGCCCGUCUUUACAUACCAGGUAUUGCAGAGACAGGCUUUUGGAUUUACCGCCUUAAAAAUAAAGAUAUCAACCAUCAACUACUAACGGUGAUAGUAACUACUCGAGCAAGUAGUCCUACAAAACUCCCAGUGACCAUAACUGCUCACAUGAGUGAAAAUACAGCACAGUACCCUAGCCCAAUGAUUGUUUAUGCACAAGUCAGCCAAGGGUUUUUGCCUGUUCUGGGAUUUGAUGUGACAGCCACGAUAGAAAAUGAAACAGGGCAUCAAGUAACAUUGGAGCUCUGGGACAAUGGUGUAGGUGCUGAUACUGUCAAGAAUGAUGGCAUCUACUCGAGAUACUUCACAGAUUAUAGUGGAAACGGUAGAUACAGUUUAAAAGUACGUGCUCAGUCAAGAAAAAGCGGUGCCUAUAUAAACUUAAGGCACCAUCAGAACAGAGCUAGAUAUAUACCAGGCUAUACUGUUAAUGGUACAGUUGUAGCGAACCCACCCAGACCUGUUUUCAAAGACGUGGUAAAACCCAGUGGAGAAAGCAGUAUUGUCAGAACGGUACUUGGUGGGGCAUUUGUUGUAGAAGGAAAUUCUUGCCCUGAAGCAACUCCUUUAACUCCAUUCCCACCAAGUAAAAUUAAUGACCUUCAUGGUAAAUUUGAAAAAAAUAUUAUUCACCUUACAUGGACUGCUCCAGGAAAUAACCUUGAUAAAGGAAAAUCCAAACACUAUGAUUUAAGGACCAGCAAUAGUUACCAGCAGCUCCAAGAUGAUUUCAACAAUGCUCAUCCUGUGAAUACUUCCAGCCUGAUACCCAGAAUGGCUGGCUUAACAGAAAAUUUUGAAUUUAUUCCAACAAUGUACAAUCUAGAAAAUGGUACCCAAGUGUAUAUUGCAAUUAAAGCUAUCAGUGAAGAAAAUCUCACCUCAGAGGUUUCUAAUAUUGUAGUAGUAACAUAUAUUGUUCCUAGUCUAGGGACCAAUAUUUUUGCAGUCCGUAUGGCAUUUUGGGGAUUAGCUGUGAUAGUAUCUGUUAAAUUUAACAAGAAGAUAACUGACGACCUUAAAAGUGUUAUUUAUGUGGCCAAAGACAACACAAAACGGAAGACUUCCCGGAGCGCCACGCGGCCGGACCGCCGCGGUCCUGAUGGGGGCGCUGUUCCCGAGAUAACCUUCAUAAAAGCUCCGCCCCGCAGCAGGCGCUCGCUGGCUACGUUGGGAACCCGGGCCGCAAAACAGGAACAGCCAUCUCCCGCUUGCAAGCCGGUGCCAACGCAGACGUUAGCGGCUGGCCUCCGGACGCCCGAGGCCCCGCGUCUCGGCCGCAGCCGCCGCCGGCGCGCGCAGCUCGCUCUGUGA